CCAGCAGGGGACCAGCACGGCUUCACUCAACGCUACGUAACAGACAACACACCAUAUCUGUCAGCGCCAACCCGCAGUGGAGCAAGCUCAGGCAUUUACUCAACUGUUGCGUUUACUGUCGGGUUUUACAUGUGCAGGAUUUGAAAGCGUCUCUCGCUCGCGGAGCAGUGUGCUAGCAGCGCGAGGGUAUCACUAGCGUUAGCGUGUGACGUGACCGCCAGAGAAGGCUCAACGGUUGUAUUUCUGACCGGCUAACGUUAGACAGCCACCGUCAACAUGUCGGAUCCGGUUGGGGAGGCGAAGCUGGAAGUGAAACAGGCGAGCAAGGAGGCGAAAGAGAGCGAAAACGUAGCGGAAAAAUACUCAGCCAUGACCGUAAGCAAGAACAGCGAAAUGAACAUGGGAGAGUUGUCGUCCGCCUUCAGCGCUGUGCCCACUCACAAGCCAGUUAAAAAGCAAAUCCAGUUUGUGGAGGACAAGCAGGAGUUCAGCAGGUUCCCCACUAAGGCGGGCCGUCGGUCCCUGUCCCGCUCCAUCUCCCAGUCGUCCACAGACAGCUACAGCUCCGCUGCGUCCUACACGGACAGCUCUGACGAUGAGACCUCACCACGGGACAAAACUCAGGUCAACUCCAAGGGCAGCAGUGACUUCUGUGUCAAGAACAUCAAACAGGCUGAAUUUGGCAGACGUGAGAUAGAGAUCGCAGAGCAAGAUAUGUCGGCGCUGAUCUCACUCAGGAAGAGAGCACAGAGUGAGAAACCAUUGGCAGGUGCCAAAAUUGUGGGCUGCACUCACAUCACUGCCCAGACUGCAGUGCUGAUUGAAACUCUGGUGGCUCUUGGGGCCCAGUGCCGCUGGACUGCAUGUAACAUAUACUCUACACAGAAUGAAGUGGCUGCUGCUCUGUCAGAGGCUGGUGUGGCUGUGUUUGCCUGGAAAGGAGAGUCUGAGGAUGAUUUCUGGUGGUGUAUUGACCGCUGCAUCAACACUGAGGGUUGGCAGCCCAACAUGAUCCUUGAUGAUGGAGGAGACUUGACACACUGGAUGUACAAGAAAUACCCCAAUGUAUUCAAGAAGAUUAGAGGCAUAGUAGAGGAGAGUGUCACUGGGGUUCACAGGUUGUAUCAGCUGUCUAAAGCUGGAAAACUGUGUGUGCCUGCUAUGAAUGUAAAUGACUCUGUGACAAAGCAGAAGUUUGACAACCUGUACUGCUGCAGAGAGUCAAUCCUGGACGGCUUGAAGAGAACCACAGAUGUCAUGUUCGGUGGAAAACAGGUGGUCGUAUGUGGGUACGGUGAGGUUGGGAAAGGUUGCUGUGCUGCUCUGAAAGCUCUGGGAGCCAUCGUUUAUGUAACAGAGAUCGAUCCCAUCUGUGGGCUGCAGGCCUGCAUGGAUGGAUUCAGGGUGGUCAAGCUGAACGAGGUCAUUCGCCAGGUUGAUGUCAUCAUCACAUGCACUGGGAACAAGAAUGUGGUGACCAGGGACCAGCUGGACCGGAUGAAAAAUGGCUCUAUUGUCUGCAACAUGGGCCACUCCAACACUGAGAUUGAUGUGGCAAGUCUUCGGACCCCUGAGCUGACCUGGGAGAGGGUGCGCUCUCAGGUGGAUCAUGUCAUUUGGCCUGACGGCAAGAGGGUUAUCCUUCUGGCUGAGGGACGUCUCCUUAACCUCAGCUGCUCCACCGUCCCUACCUUUGUCUUAUCCAUCACAGCCACCACUCAGGCCCUGGCACUCAUAGAGUUGUACAAUGCUCCCGAGGGACGAUACAAGCAGGAUGUUUACUUGCUUCCCAAGAAGAUGGAUGAAUAUGUCGCCAGCCUGCAUCUGGCCACUUUUGAGGCCCACUUGACAGAGCUUUCUGAUGAGCAGGCAAAGUACCUGGGCCUGAAUAAGAAUGGUCCUUUUAAACCCAACUACUACAGGUAUUAGUCCACAGGGGAACCACACCUCAUCACUCCUAAAUGUGGACGGUACCCAACAUCAUCCAUCCCCAAGACAAAGACAGAUUUAUGUAUAUUUUAUUUUAUAUUCUGCAGCUUCUGCAGAUGCACAGCUUAUAUUUAGUUGUGUUUUACGGGCCACAGCAAGUUUCUCUUCUCUUGCUGCUUCCUGCAGAACUGCACAUGGCACCCUGCUGGCUAUGAUAAGUCAGUGUAACCACAGCACUUAUAUCUGUUAUAUUAUACUAUAUACAUAUAUAUAUAUAUAUAUAUAUAUACUUAUAUUCUGGUUCCAUCUCUUUCCAAACCUGUUGUCUCCUUGGUUAUUUUUGAGUUCUGGUAGAUAUUAAAUAAUGUAUCAAUAUAUUGUGCCAAAUGACUGUGACGGGAAGGGUUGCAGUUGUUGUGGAAAUGUUAAUGGUUGUGGAAUCAGUUAAACCUGCACUAAGCGAUACUUUUGAUAAAAAGCAUAGUUUUAAAAUUCACCAUGCAAUUCUUAAAGGUCACUCGAAAUUCCCAACCCACAAAACUUUGCCACUGUUAGCUCUUUUUGGCUCUCUCACCAACCACCUGUACGAAACCAAUUGCAGCCAUUUUCAGAAAGAAAAGCUUAGACAAGCCUUCAAAAUGACACAGAGCUGAUGUAAACUUCUGGCUGCUGAAGGAAGUCCAGAUGUGUUUCUCAGGAGUAGGUGGACCAAAUCAGAGCUAAAAGGCCAGUGAAUAUUGGACUCAAAUUUAUCACUUGAACAGAAAUCUGACUCCAGUUAGAUGUUGUGUGUCUGCUGGAUGUUAAAGUAGGCAAUUGUUUGCUUACAAAUGAGCCAUAACAGCUUUACACUCUGCUUGUAAAUCAGGACUGAAUGUCUGUGUGGGUUUUGUUUUGGAGUCUUUCUGCCCCCUAGUGGUCAACAAUCACUUGAUGCAGCUUUAAAAUUUUUUGUUCUGCUUUGAUGUGGCAGCACUCACUUACUUCAUACAUUCCAUCCAUAAAAUACAGACGAAAUGUUGUCUGUAGUACCAUCCACAUUACUGCUAACCUCUGGCAGAUCUGGGCAAAAAAGCAACUUCAGUACUUUUUGACUAUAGCAAACAGUAGAAGGGAGCUUGGCAUUAAUUUUCUUGGAAAGAUGUGUCCACUAAUGACAUUUUGGUGUCUGGUAAGAAUCGUAUCUGCACCUCAGGUCAUUCUGAUAUCUAAGAUUAUUUGUAAAUAUAUUUUUACCAGAUCAGCACUCACUGACCAUAGUAGCCAGACUAUGUCAUCCUCAUGAAGUUAUUAUUUACAGUAGAACUAUAAAAUAGCUUUAGAGAUUUUGAUACUCUGUGAUCAAAAUCAUCUGCAAGUCAUCUGCAGCUAUGUAUAUUCUGUGCAAAGCUAACUCAAGUCACAGACUACAUGUUGAACAGUGUUACAUAGGUUUAUGUUGUAUAUGCAACAGCCUCUGAUCAUCUGAUCACAUAGUGGUAUUUGCUGAAGUGCAACAUUGAGUUUAUUGUUAGAUUUGUCACAAGACUCUGAUCUUGUGUUAGUUAGAUGAGUUUGUUUUUUUUCUGUUGAAGACCAUUUCAACAGAAAAAUAAACAUCCAAAUGCUCUCGGCCUAAACACAACACAUCACACACUUUUUUUUGUCUGCAUAUUUACCUAGACAGAUUUAUUAGCUUUACCUUCUGUGUUAUCUUGUGGUACUGCACCAUUAUAGCUAUUCUAAUAACACAGUGUUUGGUUUCCAUUGUUCCAAAGGCUUACGCACUGUUUUGUGAGGCUGUUAAGCUUUUUAUGUCACUUUUUCUUCUCUAUAGUCACUUGUAAUUUUUCUAAAUUAGUGGCAACAUUUGAUGGCUUAGUUUAGUGAUUUUUUUAAAAAAAUUGAAACAAUUUAGUGUGCAGGUAGUUGUGUCUUGCUGAAUUCUAAGCUCUUCAACACAUUUCAGCAUGCUGUAUUUCAUGCUGGUGCUCUGUGGGCUGGUGGUUUUAAUCUGAACAUUUGACAGUAUUACUGUCCCUACCACAAAACUUAAACUUUAUCUACAGUUACAGGUAAUGCCUGUAUUUAAUUUUUGCAGUAAUUUGGGUUGUUUUUAAUUAGUUGAUUGUUGUCACUCACUCCUGCUGUUAAAUUGUAUAGUAGCCUAUGUUAUGCUACUAUGAAGUGCUUUAAUCUUUGCACGAGCAGCUUUAAGGACAUCAGAGCCGAGGACAUUCAGUGAGGACAUCAUUGUCAGCAAGUUGAGCACUGUAACCAUGGUUACUGGUCAGUUGACAGUGCCUUGUGACUCACAUAGUAAUUUAUAUUCACAUGAACAACUGUGUUUUAAUGCCCAUUGCUGUUUCUUCUGCAAUAUACAGUUAGAGCUAUGCAGUUUUGUUCUGUCAAAAAUUAUUCUACUUCUGCAAUGGUGGAGUUGUUAAAUCAGUGUUUCACAUCACUCAAAAAUAUGCAUUACUGUAAGCUGACAAACAGUUUUAGACAUUAGUAGGCAACAUUUUAUGUUCGGUUGUACUUACAGUAUACACUUUAUACACUGAUUUUAAUGUAAAUGUUCCAUCCCAGUUUUAUUUCUUGUAACGAUCAAACAUUUAGAUGACUUACAUUGAUCUUUUCACAGCACUUAAGAAUGCCUUUUAUAAUGAAUUCCUUUUGUUUUAACUGAUAAGUGAUUUUACCCUAGAUUUAGCUCUAUUAUAGACACAAAUGAAUGUGUUAUUACUGGAGCAAACAGCUUGACUCUUGUCAAAUUUAAAUAAAACAUACCACUGUGAUUUGACAGUUGUGCACUGUUUCUGGUGAAGUUUUUGAUGUGGAGACACAGUUAUGUAAAUUAUAUAUUAGUUAUAAAGUAUAGGCCUAUAUUUUCAACACUGUCUGUAGUUUAGUUUUAAGAACACAAUUUUACCAGUAUGUACCCUGUUGAAUUUAUGUGCACUGUUCCCUUUAAUAAACUGCUAUUUGA